CCUGUCAGUCAGAACUUGGGUUGGAUUUUCGCGCGAAAAAAAAAACACCAAAAAGCUAAACAAAAACCAGGUUGCCAGGGGACGGAGAGACGUUGAGGCUCGCGCAGCAGUGGCUUAUAAGAAAAUAGGAUCUACACAUACCCUGUUCCAUGAGGAACUGUGUGGAACCGGCCAGCUGAGCUGUUACCCUAACAGCAGGUUCAGUACCACCCUCAUCCAAAUAUACGCAAUGCAGAGCACCAUAAGAUCAUUCUUCCAGCCCCUGGCACGAACAAAUCCUGGAAAACAAACAGCAGAAAAGAAUCACCUGGAAGAGGAACCCACCCCCAAAAAGAAACUAGUAGAUUCUGAACAGCUGGUAAAUGGUAGAGCACUCUGUGCAGAUUCUCCAGUGAAACCUGCAGCCAAAAAAUCCACGAAGGUACUUAACAGUGAAGAUGAAGAAGAUUCUGAUAAACCAGAAGGAAAGGAUACACAGUCAGGUGAUAGCAAGCAGGCAACUGACUGUGUUCCUGAGCAAAAGAUCCCUGCAGAGAGCAUCUCCCCUAGAACUAGCCCUGCUAGUUCUAAUUCACCCUCACCCUCCAGCAUUCCACGGCGCAAAACUGCCCGUAAGCAACUCCCUAAACGAAAAGCAGAGGAAGAAGUCAACAGCCAUGAUAGCUCCCUGGAGGAUGCUAGUGCCAAAAGGCAGAAGAGAGAUGAUGGAGAUGGCUCAAAAGGGGAGCCAGAUGAGAGGCCCAUGGAGAUGGAAGAAGAGAAAGAUGAGGAUGCAAAAUUGGUAGAGCAUGAAACAGAAAGAGAUGCAAAGGAAGAGAAGAUGCCAGAACCCCCUAAGUCAUCCAGCAAGCCCAUCUCUAGUUUUUUUGCCCCCAGGAAAGUUUCUGUGAAGACAGAGAAAAAGCAGGCCCCAGUGAUGAAGGAAAACAUGCCUGUACCAACGAGCCAUAAAGAAGACAGUCAGCAUGAAUUGAGUAGCAUGCCUGACGAUUCAAUCAAGAAAACUCUUAAGCUUGAGCCUGCAGAUUACAACCCUGCAAAAAACAAUUAUCAUCCUAUCCAUGAUGCUUGCUGGGGCCCUGGCCAGAGGGUACCAUACCUAGCUGUAGCACGUACAUUUGAGUGGAUCGAGGAGGAGUCAGCACGGCUGAAAAUUAUAGAGACCCUGAGCAAUCUGUUUCGGUCUGUGAUAGCGCUUUCUCCGGAAGACCUAUUGCCCUGUGUCUACCUCUGUCUCAAUCGGUUAGGCCCAGCAUACGAAGGCCUUGAGCUGGGCAUCGGCAAAACCAUCCUCAUGAAAGCUUUGGCUCAGGCCACAGGUCGCCAGCUGGACCAGAUCAAGGCAGAAGCUGCAGAGAAGGGAGACCUGGGUUUAGUUGCUGAGAGUAGCCGCACCACACAAGGCACCAUGUUUGCCCCACCCAAGCUUGGUGUUGCUGCUGUCUUUGGCAAACUGCAGGCAAUUGGGCGCAUGAUGGGAAGCUCUUCUAUGAACAAGAAGAUCGACAUUAUCAAGUCCUUGUUUGUUGCUUGUCGCCAUUCAGAGGCCCGCUACAUUGCUCGAUCACUGGAAGGAAAACUGCGGAUUGGAUUAGCAGAGCAAUCUGUCCUGUCGGCUCUGGCCCAGGCAGCAUCACUCACUCCUCCGGGUCAAAAAUUCCCCCUAGAAGUUCUGGAUGCUGGAAAGGGCAAGUCUGCAGAGGCACGCAAAGCUUGGCUGGAUGAGAGAGCCUUGAUUGUUAAACAGGCCUUCUGUGAGCUGCCAAAUUACGACACCAUCGUGCCUGUCCUUCUGAAGCAUGGUGUGGAGAGCCUGCCUCAACACUGCAAGAUUACACCAGGAAUCCCCCUGAAGCCUAUGCUGGCUCACCCAACCAAGGGAAUUGGAGAGGUAUUAAAACGCUUUGAAGAGGCAGCUUUCACCUGUGAAUACAAGUAUGACGGGGAGCGAGCACAGAUCCACAUCCUGGAGAAUGGGGAAGUGCACAUAUACAGCCGGAACCAAGAAAACAACACAACCAAGUACCCUGACAUCGUCAGCCGUAUCCCCAAGAUGAAAAAGAGCAUUGUGCAAUCUUGCAUCUUGGAUGCAGAGGCUGUGGCCUGGGACCCAGAUUCCAAACAGAUCCAGCCAUUCCAGGUACUGACCACCCGCAAGCGCAAGGAUGUAGAUGCUGCAGACAUCAGAGUGCAGGUUUGUGUGUACGCGUUCGACAUGCUCUACCUCAAUGGGCAGUCUCUAGUCCGGAAACCCCUGUCUCAGCGUCGGGCCUUGUUGCAUGAUUCCUUCACUGAGGUUGAAGGCCAGUUCCUCUUUGCCACCUCCAUGGACACUAGUAACACUGAUGAGAUAGCAGAAUUCCUGGAACGCUCCAUCAAAGACUCAUGUGAGGGACUAAUGGUGAAAACACUGGAAGUGGAUGCCACAUAUGAAAUUGCAAAGAGAUCCCACAACUGGCUGAAGCUUAAAAAAGACUAUCUGGAGGGCGUUGGGGACACCUUGGACCUGGUGGUGAUUGGUGCCUACCUGGGCAAGGGCAAACGUGCGGGCACAUAUGGUGGUUUCCUCUUGGCCUGCUAUGAUGAGGAAAGUGAGGAGUUCCAGAGUAUCUGCAAGAUCGGCACUGGAUUUACAGAUGAGGACCUGGAAAAACUCCAUACCUCUCUCAAGGACCAUAUGAUUCCACAACCACGGCCAUACUACCGCUGGGGUGGGACAGCUGAGCCUGAUCACUGGCUGGAGGCUCAGCAUGUAUGGGAGGUGAAGUGUGCUGACUUAUCCAUUUCUCCUGUCCACAGAGCAGCAACUGGUUUGGUGGAUGAAGAAAAGGGCAUUUCUCUACGCUUCCCCAGAUUCCUGCGCGUCCGAGAAGAUAAGAAACCAGAGGAGGCCACUGCCAGCACCCAGGUGGCUGAACUGUACCGGAAGCAGCAACAGAUCCAGAAUCAGCAGUCAGUGGAAAAAGGAGAUGAUGAUUUCUACUAAUAAUAAUCCUGUACAUCCAACUGGGCAAAGGGUCUUUGCUAACUUCUCCCUUGGAGCGAGGCUAAAGCCUUCAAUACACCUUUGGUCUUAUGAAUCUGUCCCACCCAGUUUGUGAGGCUUGGGUGGAGGGCGUGUGUUGAAGCUGGAUCCUGCAUUUCAUGCUUGGUACUAGCUGAUAAUGCCCUGAUGUCAAAACCUGCCUGUGAUUGGGCAGGCAAAGUGAAAAGUUUGGUGAUGGUCUAUUAAUAAACCUUGGUA